UAUAAUUGCCUUGUAAUGGUUGAUACAAUGUGCUCAUUCUUCAAACAAAGAAGAACAAGAUAUGGAAAAAAGCAAGUUUCUAACAAGUCUAGUUCUAAUACUUGUGUUGUCAUAUGUAAAUGCAACGACAUCAGGCCCUAAAUGGUCUAAAGCACGCAAGCACUUUGUGCUUGUUCAUGGGGCUUGCCAUGGAGCCUGGUCUUGGUACAAGAUAAUAGCAUCGAUUAAAACUUCAGGGCAUAAUGUAACAGCUCUGGACUUGGGUGGUUCAGGGGUCAACCCAAAACAGGUCCUUGAAAUCCCACAUUUAUCAGAUUACUUUAGUCCGCUAAUGGAGUUCAUGACUUCUCUUCCAGCAGAUGAAAAAGUGAUUCUUGUUGGUCAUAGUCUUGGUGGACUUGCCAUUUCUAAAGCUAUGGAAAACUUUCCAGAAAAAAUUUCAGUUGCUAUAUUUGUCACUGCUCUAAUGCCUGGUCUAACUCUUGAUGCAUCCACCAUCACCAAUGAGUCAUCCAGCGGAUUAUUUAAACUUGAUAAUCGUAUUACAUUUGAUAAUGGACCUACCAGUCCUCCAACAACCUUCAGCUUGGGUCCGAAGUACUUGGAGAGUUAUAUUUAUCCACUGAGCCCAAUUCAAGACUGGGCACUGGCUACUACAGUAGUAAGGCCAUUGUAUCUUUACAGUUUGGAUGACAUAUCAAAGGAGAUAGUUCUUUCAAGCAAGAGGUAUGGAUCAGUUAGACGAGCGUAUAUUGUGGCGGCUGAAGAUAAAGCUCUAUCGAAGGAAUUUCAACAGUCAAUGAUUGAAAAGAAUCCACCAGAUCAGGUGGAAGAGAUUUCGGGAUCUGAUCACGCGCCCAUGAUGUCUAAGCCCGGUCAACUAUUUACUCUUCUUAUGCGUAUUGCCAACAAAUGACAAGCUAUCAUAUUAUCUUAAUCCAGCUUGUAUUACAUAUUCAUGAUGAAUACUGCGUAAUUGAGAUAAAAUAAGAUUAUCCUUCUUCCCACGUGUAAAAAUUUAUGAAAUGGUUCCUUCCUAAUUACAUCUCCAGUACAUGAGCAUUGACAAAAUAAUAUAACUUCUAAGUAAUUCCAGUAAGAGAGAAGGAUCUAAGCAACAACAUGUUGCAAUUAUUUUCAUGAGAUCAAGAUUCCAAAAGUCAAUGUAUAUCCAACUUGCACUCAAGAUUAUCACACUACUCAAACUCGCACGAGCUUAAUUCUUUAAUAUCAAAAUCUUCCUUAUAUUUUUUGGCAGGUCAUGGAAAGCUUUCCAGAAAAAAUUUCAGUUGCUGUUUUUUUAACUUCUAUGAUGGCUGGUCCAACUCUGAAUGAUUCAACCCUCAUGAAAGAGCUCAAAGUUCCCUAUCUUGUUUUCAUUUUAUUUAUCGACCAUAUUUGGUCUUAAUUUUGAAACUGACAGUCUUAUCUCUUUCGGCAACUUUAGCCUGAAUUAUCCAAUAAUCUAUUCUCUUUCUCUA